GUGUGUGUGUGUGUGUGUGUGUGUGUGUGUGGAGUUUACGCUGUUGUCCACUGCAUAGGUAUUGAUGGAGGCAGACAGCAGGUUACAACACCACAGGAAGAUGACCUCCCCCAGAACUGACCACUGACUUUAUAUUGAGUGCCCCCAUAUGAUGAUUGGCUGGUGAUUGCCAAGUAAAAAAAGCUGAGUAACACAAACCUGAAUAGACCAGACAGAAAUACAAAACAUAUCCAUUCUGCUACACUUUGUGUGCCUAAUCCACGAAACUUCACAUGCAUUGACUGCAUUGCCUGAUUGUAGCCCCACGCAGCUUAUAUGUAAAAUAAGGUUUGUGUCGCUAGGUGGACGAAUCCCUUUGUUCUAGCGUCCCCUGUAUUGGGAUAGGCCCAAAGCACCUUUUGGACAAUAGCUCAACAACUGUUACGCCAAAGUUGGCCUCUAGGAGGCGCAUGACCAUUACGACUCAUUUGUGGAGUGAUGCCACCAAGUGAAUCAUAUUACAAGGAAAAAACCCUAGCACUUCACUAGCUAAUAUCUUGUGAUGAAAAUGUUCAAACUGACAUUUCACACUGUACAUUACUACCAGAUUCUUUUGACGUACAUCAAAUCUCACGAAAUGAUGUCCAUGGGGGGCGCUGCAACCGACACAUUUCAGUAUCUUCAGAACCACUGAACCUGAAGUGCUGCCAACGACCAGUCAAAGUUCAGCUCCCAAGACGUGCCUGUGAUGUAAAGGAUCAAACUUAAUGGCGUUCUGCUUGGAUCCCUGCUUGCAGCUAUAUUUAAACGUAUUAUUAGGGUAGUGUACACCCCUGUCCUGUCUUGUUGAUACCUUACAUUUAGUGUUGUUUUCAAACAUAUUUUUGCCUUCAACUAAUAAUCCUACAUUUUAUACAUACAUGCAUAUUUCUCAAAACUUUGUAAGUAAAUGCCAAGUACAUUUAUACAAUGAAGCUCACAUUGUUCCUUAUGUAAAUUUCACAAAAUGCUCAAAUUUAACACAAGAAUAUAUCUGUUAUCACACUCAUGCCUAAUAUUCAAAAACCUUCAUUUUAUUUUGCAAAUGUGUUUUUUUUAAGGGUUGAGGGUUUCUUGCUGAGGGAACCAACUAUAGUGUGUUAGCAACCAGGAAUGUUUUUAAGAUGUGUCACCACAAAAUACAAGUUGUGUUCAGCAGAUAAAGAAUUUGAAGGUUGAUAUAUGGGUUAAGAGUUUCACUUCUCUUUCUUUCUCCUCUUCCUUUCUCUCUAAAACAUAAUAUGAGAGUGUUAGAUGCUGACCUUCCAUCUUGAGAGUGAUUCCUCUGUUAUUUGUCACUUCCUUAAAGUAUUUUCCAGAGUUGGACCAUCUCUGAUCGUUGCUAGUCAGUGUUUUUUUCUUCACAUUCCUGCCUUGCUGAGUACAGCAUCAAAUAAUUCAAAUCCUCUUCAAUAGAUUUACAUCAUAAGCUUUUCAUCUCACAUCCAUCCAUAAUAUACUACUAAACUACAUUAACCAUUAUGUGUAUAUAGAUAGGCCCAUAACACUUUAUGAAUUCAUAUUUGCUACCUUACCUCAUAGAACAUUAACUCAUACAGUACUUCCUCCAGACACAUUCCUUUCGGUACAGGGAAAGACUGAAAUAGUUUACUGGAAGGCCCUUUGUUUAUGAUACCUCUGUGAAACCUUAACCGCUGAGAAUUGCCAGUUUGGGGAAUUUUUUCCAGGUUUGCCGUCGGAAGGACUGAAGGGGGCCCUUUUCAGAGCUGUCAGUGUGAGGCGGCUUUAUCGCGUCACCUGCAGCGCACAAUGAACCUGUGAAUCAUCUAUAGGGAAGGUAAACAUGGUCACUUUAUUAGGUUUAGUCUGGGGACGUGGGGCUUGUUUAACCAAAGCACCAGGCAAGGGUGGGGCAGCCGGCAAGAGUGGGUCAAUGCCAGUAAUGUCUGUCCCACUUCUCACCCUCUAUUAUUCUCUCUCUCUCUCUCUCUCUCUCUCUGUCUUUCAUUCUCUUUAUUUCUCACUUUACUCCAUUCAUUUUACCUGUCAUCUCUCGCCCUCUCCACCUUAACAACUCCCUGGCUUCAUCUCUCUUCCUUGCCUUUCAUAAUCCUCACCCCAUGCUGCACCUGACACACUGGAAUAUAAAAACUGAUAACGGCACGUCUCUCAGAGUAUAAACAACAUCUCUCCGGGGGGAGCGCUGGAACCUCUUCCAACUUCCACUCCAACGUGAACGAGAGCAGAGGUCAGCGCUGGAGUUACCAUGGAGUUAGUGUGUGACUACCACGGAGAGUGUGUGUGAUGCUGCUGAGUGAGAGGGAGGGAGGUUAUUCCACCCUCUUAUUAAUUUUCCAUUAUCAGGACCGAAUAUUGAGGGCACAGAGUAAACACAGACUGGCGGAGGUGGCUUGCAGUGGGCAGGAUCCUACUGCCACUGAAUAAGUAAGCAACGCUGGAAGACAGGAGCAGACUCUACACACACACACAACACACACACACACACAGACAGACAGGCAAAGCAGACGAGAGAGAGGAGGGUGAGCUUCCAGAAUUCAUCAUCAUCAUCAUCAUCAUCAUCAUCAGUCAUGCACAUAUGAGAGCUUUGGAAGAGACGUGCUGACACCAUGUGACGGCUGAUCUGUUCACCGCAUCCCACGCGUCACAUCCACCGCGGAGUCACCAUGCAGGAAUGCCAGACGCAGCUCUGCCUCUCGGUCUACAUCAUCACCUUCAUCACCGGCUUCCCCACCAACAUCCUGGCCUUCUACGCGUUCAUCCUGAAGGUGCGCCGCAAGCCCACGCCCAUCGACAUCCUGCUGCUCAACCUCACGGUGUCCGACCUGCUCUUCCUCAUCUUCCUCCCCUUCAAGAUGCAGGAGGUGGCCAACGACGGAACAUGGAACAUGCCCUACUUCCUGUGCCCGUUCUCGGGCUUCAUCUUCUACAUGACCAUCUACAACAGCACCCUCUUCCUGACGGCCGUGAGCGUGGAGCGAUACCUCGGCGUGGCCUUUCCCAUCCGUCACUCGCUGAACCGCCGCCCAGUUUACGCCGUCUUGGCCAGCAUCUUCAUCUGGGUGGUGUGCUUCAUGCACCUCAGCAUAGUCUUCAUCAUGCCCUACUACAACCCCAAAACCCCCUCUGCCUCCGGUGCUGACGUCAACAGCACUGAGCUGGGGCUUGUGGCGCCCAUCCGGCAGCGGCCGAACGUCUGCUACGAGAACUUUUCCGACGCUCAGCUGGAGAUCCUCCUGCCGUACCGUCUGGAGCUGUGCGUCGUGCUGUUCUGCGUGCCUCUCGUCAUCUGCUCAUUCUGCUACAUCAACUUCAUCCGCAUCCUCAUGCGACUGCCCAACAUCAGGCGGCAGCGCCGCGUCAGGGCCAUCAGCCUGGCGCUGGGCACGCUGGUGGUCUUCACCCUCUGCUUUGGGCCCUACAACGUCUCGCACGUGGUGGGCAUGGUCACGCACAAGAGCCCGCAGUGGAGGGACCUGGCCCUCCUCCUCAGCACCUUCAACGCCUGCCUGGACCCCUUCAUCUUCUACGUGUCCUCGUCGGCGGUCAGGAACAUGCUGGGAGACAUGCUGCAGGGCAUCUGGAACUGCGUGCCCGUGUGGGACAGCAGCAGACUCCGCAAGUGCUUCGUCUGGAGAAUGGACAUCAGCCAGACCAAAAAAGUGACUUUCACAAAUCCUGAUGAAAUAAAUGCCCUCUGACAAGACACCAGUGACAGUUUGUUUUUUGUCAUUUCUAUUUAGAUGUAUGUACUGUGAGCUAUUUCUCUUAACUCACCUCAGGCCUGCUUACUAUAUUCAGACUAAAUCAGCAGCAGGAAAUGGAAUACCUUGACGUACACAAUGAGAAAAUCACAAGAAGUGGAGGAGGAGGAUGGCUCAGAUCUUCCUCAUGGUGAGGUGUGACACCUUUUCACUGAAAAACUGGCUCUCUUCACUAAAUACAGACUUUAUCAUUCAUCCGCCUCACUGGAGGAAGUCAACUAUAUUUGACCCUACUAAUAAUUUCGCUUUUCUGGUCAUGUUUGCAUAGUGAAAAUAGCAAACAGAAACCUAUAUAUAUUGUGGGGUGAUAACCCAAGCAACCAUAUUGCUUUUGAAAAACUCAAUUAGCUUCUGGUACAUCUCCAACAAGAUAAGGUAUAUGUCCUGAUGCUUUGUUCUCUGCUAGUGACCACUGGAUGUAUAUCAGAUUAGUAAUCAUGAAGUAUGUUAUGAACAGGUUUAUUAUUUACAAUUACAACCACUUUCUACCA